AUGAACAUAAAUAUGUGUAAAUAUAAUCCGCUUAGAGGGGCAUCAUAUAUUAAAUUACCAAAAAUAAUAUCUGUUAAAAAAGCUAUUACGAAUAUUAAAAACAAAGAUAACAAAUGUUUUCUUUGGUCAAUUCUUGCUGCUUUACAUCCACAAGAUAAAAAUUCAGAAACAAUUAGUAAGUAUAAAGAAUGGGAAAAUGAAUCUUACAGGUGAACAUGUAAAACAAAAUGCCUAUGAAAAUGCUAAAACAAUAUGAGAAACAUUCAAAAUAAAAAAUAUGAAAGACUUUACGAUACUUUAUAAUAAAAUAGAUGUUUUAUUACUUACAGAUAUAAUGGAAAAUUAUAGACAUGUUUCAUUAAAACAUUUUAAGUUGGAUCCUGUUCAUUAUUAUACAACUCCAGGUUUUGCAUGGAAUGCUAUGUUUAGAAAAACAGGUAUAGAAUUAGAAUUGAUAACAGAUAUUGAUAUAUAUUUAAUGUUUGAACAAGGAAUAAGAGGAGGAUUAUCUCAAUGUAGUAUUAGAUAUUCUAAAACAAAUAAUAAAUAUAUUGGAGAAAAAUAUAAAAAAGAACAAACAGAAAAAACAACACCGAAAUAUCUGUUAAAUUUGGAUGCAAAUAAUCUCUAUGGGUGGGGUAUGUGUGAAUAUUUACCAUAUAAAGGAUUUAAAUGGUCUGAUCCUGAUUGCUUUGAUACAGAAUGA